AUGAAACCUCUCGUCACUGUCCUUGUCUUGCUCUCCUGUGUGGACCCAGCUCUGGCAGGCUUGAAUCCACUGUCAUCAGAAAUGCACCAGAAAUGCUAUGGGAAUGGUAUCUGUAGACUUGAGUGCUCUACAAGUGAAAUGUUAGUUGCCUACUGUAUGUUUCAGCUGGAGUGCUGUGUCAAAGGAAACCCUGAGCCCUGA